AUGUUCCCUGGGCCGGGGGACAGCAGGAGUGCCUACCCGGCAGCCUUGCAGUCGCACUCAGGUCGCCCCUCCAUGCGCGUCUGCGGGAACCUCGUCGAGGAUGCGCGGGAGCGACUGCGGCGUGCCGCGCUCUCCUGCUCUCGGUGGGGCUGGCUCAGCUUCUGGGUCCAGCUCGUCCUCUGCACGGUGGCCGCGGUCAUCACCCUCUUCUCCAUGGCCUUCACCUCCCAGACUGGCCCUGGCGUCUCCCUGCUCCUCAGCCUGUUUGGCAUUGCCAUGGGCUACCUGUCCACCUUCUGGGCGUUUGGGUACACGCGCCUCUCGCGCCGCAUGUUCCGCUUUCUGGACACUGGGUCGCCCCGCAUUCGGCGGUACGACGUCAUCGGGACCCUGGAGAAGGGAGCCAUCAUAAAUGUGCUGGGCCUGUUUGCCACGGUGCUGGGCCUGCAGUCAACCAUCGGCAUGCUGGUGGCCAAGACCCUGACCACCGCCACGGUGAACCCCUUCAUGGCCAGCUCCUCGGGCAGCUGGAAUCCGGUGCUCGCCUUUGACGUCUUCAACGUGCAGGAGGGUUGA